AUGGUGAACAUCUUUUUCGUUGGUGGCACUGGCCACAUUGGUGGUGCUGUUCUCGACCAGCUGCUCCAAAAGUAUGCGGAUGCCAAGGUGAAGGCAUUGGUGAGAGAUGAGGCAAAGGGCUCCCGUCUGGUUGCCAAGUACCCUUCGGUUGAGGUCAUUGUCGGCACAACCACAGAUCUCGAGCUCCUCGAGAAGGCGAGCAAAGAGGCCGACAUUGUAGUCAACACGUCUCCCGACAUCACCCACGAUGCCGGCAUCAAGGCCAUCCUUUCUGGCCUCAAGGCGCGUGGCGGUCCCAACAAGCCGUACUACAUUCACACAUCGGGCGCCUCGCUGAUCUGGGACGAGCCCACGGGAUCCAAGGAUGCACACUGGUGGGACGACAUUACCGACGUCCAGGACAUCAUCGGCUUCAAGGGCGAGGCCUACACCCACGCCGUGACGGACAAGAUUGUGCGCGACGGCGCCUCGGACGUCAAUGUGGCCAUUGUCUCGCCCGGCUUCGUCGGCGGUAUGAGCCCUUCCAUUGAGCACCCCACCCCCAUUACCACGCCCGCCAUCUUCCUCACGGCCCGCGCCUUCAAGUCGGGCUGGCAGAUUGACCAGGGCGAGAACAUUCACGCGUGGAUCGACGUCUCGGACCUGGCCAAGAUCUUCAUCAUACUCGUCGACAAGGCCACCGCCGAGCUGGCCGGCACGGCAGUAUCCGCGCCUUUCCCCCUCUGGGGACCCGAGGCCUACUACUUUGGCGUCGGCGAGAACAUAUCCUUUGCCGACUUCAUGCAAGGCCUGGCGCCCGUCCUAAAGGACCAGGGCGUCAUUGGGAGCGCCGAGAUAAAGUCCGUCAGCGUCACCGAGGCCGCACGCGCCAGCAUCGCCGGCAGUGACUACGACCCCGACGCGCCCCCGCCCGCCCUCGACUCGUGGGCCAUGCACAUUGCCAUCAUGUACGGCAUCAACAUGCGCCUCAAGCCCUCGCGGGCCGAGCAGCUCGGCUGGAAGGCCGACAAGGGCUCCGUUGUUGAGAGCUUCCCCCAGGUGGUUGCCGAGUUCCUCAAGAACGAAAAGGCUAGUGCUUAA